GUGAGGAGGGGGCGGAGCCGGAAGUGCCGAAGGCGGCGGGCGGGGGAGGGGCGGACGAGCGGCAAUGCACGCUGUGCCUGCAGAGCGGGGACGCACCUGCACAGCGCUGCGAGCACUGCGGUCGCCCCGGGGCCACCGUCGGCUGCUGUUUGGCCGCUUGCGCCGCCAAUUAUCACUUCAUGUGCGCCCGGCGCUGCCAGGCCGCCUUCCUCAGGGACAAGAGAGUGUUCUGCCAGCGCCACGGGCGCCUGCUGGGCGGGGACGAGCUGGUUCGGGACGGGGGCUUCGCGGUGCUGCGCCGGGUGCUGGUGGAUUUCGGGGGGAUCAGCCUCAAGAGGAAAUUUUUGGGGGGUCUGGAACCCGAGGCCGUCAACGUCAUGAUCGGCUCCAUCCGCAUCGACCGCCUGGGGGCGCUGACGGAGCUGUCGGAGAGAGACGGGCGGCUCUUCCCAGUGGGAUACCAGUGCUGGAGGCUGUACUGGAGCACGCGGGACGCCCGCCGCCGCUGUUGGUAUCGCUGUCGGAUCCUGGAGCAGCCGCCCGGAGCCGUCGGGGGAGGGGCCGGGACCCCCCCGGGACCCCCCCCCGAGCACAACCGCACCAUCGCCCACGGCAGCCCCGGCCACGCCCCCUCGGUGCCACGUCACAUCCCCACCGUGGGGGACCCCGAGGUGGCCCCGAGGUGUCCCCGGUGGCCGCGCCGGCCUCGGCACCCCAAGGACGCCGUGACGUCAUCGAAGGGGGCGGGGCCGAGCCUCAGGUCGAUGCCACUCCCGAGGCCGUCGUCCCCCGGCGCCGUGACGUCACCCAACGGGGCGUCACGUGACGCCAUGACGUCACCCAACGGCGUGUCACCUGACGCGAUGACGUCACCCAACGGCGUGUCGCCUGACGCCAUGACGUCACCACCCAACGGCGUGUCACCUGACGCGAUGACGUCACCCAACGGCGUGUCGCCUGACGCGAUGAUGUCACCCAACGGCGUGUCACCUGACGCCAUGACGUCACCCCCGGGGCCACCGCGGCUCUGGGGACCGAGGGCGGCGCCGGAGGUCACGGCCAGGCCCCUCCCCCCGCCGUCGCCGCGCGGUGACACCAGCGAGGACGAGGACGAGGCCGCCGCGGCCACGGCGACGGCGUCGGUGACGUCGCCGCGGGGACGUCGCUACUUCGGCUACGCCCGCACCGUGGUGGCCUCGGCGCUGGCCCUGUCCCCUCCGUCCCCCUGCCCCCACAUCCAGCAGCUGGACGGCACCGAUGACGUCACCAGGGGGGUGACGUCGUCGUCGUCGUCGGUGAUGACGUCAUCGGGAGGCGUGAUGACGUCAUCGGGGGGGGCGGCGCCCCCCGAGGGGCUGCCCCCGGACAUCGUGGAGUUCGUGCUGAGAGGGGUCGGCGGGGACGGGGAGUGGCAGGGCCACCACCAUGGGGACAUCGAUGGUGGUCAUCGGCUUGGGGACAUCGAUGGUGGUCACCACCGUGGGGACAUCGAUGGUGGUCACCGGCUUGGGGACAUUGAUGGUGGUCACCACCAUGGGGACAUUGAUGGAGGUCAUCGGCUUGGGGACAUCGAUGGAGGUCACCGGCUUGGGGGCAUUGAUGGAGGGCACCGGCUUGGGGACAUCGAUGGUGGUCAUCACCGUGGGGACAUCGAUGGAGGUCACCACCGUGGGGACAUCGAUGGAGGUCAUCGGCUUGGGGACAUUGAUGGAGGUCACCAUGUUGGGGACAUCGAUGGAGGUCAUCGGCUUGGGGACAUCGAUGGAGGUCGCCACCAUGGGGACAUCGAUGGUGGUCAUCGGCUUGGGGACAUCGAUGGUGGUCACCAUGUUGGGGACAUCGAUGGUGGUCACCACCGUGGGGACAUCGAUGGUGGUCACCAGAUCAGGGACAUCGAGCAGGGCCAUCACCAUGGGGACAUCAAGCAGGGUCACCGGAUCAUGGACAUGGAUGGAGGUCACCACCCUGGGGACAUCGGUCAAGGUCACCGGCUUGGGGACAUCAAUCGAGGCCACCAGAUCAUGGACAUGGAUGGAGGCCACCAGAUGAUGGACAUUGAUCGAGGCCACCACCAUGGGGACAUCGAUGGAGGUCAUCGGCUUGGGGACAUUGAUGGAGGCCACCAGAUCGGGGACAUUGAUGGAGGUCACCACCUUGAGGACAUCAGGCAGGGCCACCAGAUCAUGGACAUUGGUCAAGGUCACCGGCUUGGGGACAUCGGGCAGAGACAGAGGCUUGGGGACAUCGGUCAAGGCCACCACCCUGGGGACAUGGAUGGAGGCCACCAGCUUGGGGACAUCAGUCAAGGCCACCAGAUCAGGGACGUCGGUCAAGGCCACCACCACCCCCCUGGGGACAUCGAUCGAUGCCACCGCCUCGGGGACAUCGGUCAAGGCCACCGCCUCGGGGACAUCGCUCAGGGCCACCAGCUUGGAAAUGUCCAAGGCCACCACCUCGGGGACAUCGAUGGAGGUCGCCACCACGGUGACGUCAUCCAUGGCCACCACGGUGACGUCAUCAAGAGCCACCAUGGUGACGUCAUCCAUGGCCACCACAGUGAUGUCAUUCAGGGCCACCACGGUGACGUCAUCCAGGGCCACCAUGGUGACAUCAUGAAGAGCCACCACCACGGUGACGUCAUCAAGGGCCACCACAGUGACGUCAUCCAGGGCCACCACGGUGACAUCAUCCAGGGCCACCAUGGUGACAUCAUGAAGAGCCACCACGGUGACAUCAUCAAGAGCCACCACCACGGUGACAUCAUCCAGGGCCACCACGGUGACGUCAUCAAGAGCCACCACCACGGUGACGUCAUCAAGGGCCACCCUGGCGUCACCGGGGGCGGGGCCAGCGCCCCCAACGGCCACGGGGACACCUUGGGGACACCUUGGGGACGUCCCAAGCGCCCGGGGGAGGGGACGGGGACGGAGAGCAAGAGAGCACGGCUGGAGCUGGACGUGGGGGACAGCGGUUCCCCCCCCAGUGACGUCACCUCGGAGCCGCCCUGGGCCUCCUGCGCCG